CCACUCCACCGAACCGGGGAGAAUGACAUCGCUCCUGGGCGGACUGACACCGCUGCUGUGGAUCCUUGGGAGUUUCAUUGCUGUGGUGCAGGGGGACUUUGAGGAACCAUCUCCCGGGUUCUCGGUGCAGUCCUUGACCGAGGUUGAGACCCAGCUGCCCUGCCGGUUCAAGGUGGAAGUGGGCCAGGUGGUGGUUCAGGUCACCUGGACCAAGGAGAGAGCAGAUGGUACCAAGGAGCAGAUCAUCACAGUACACUACACUGCCGGACAAACAGAGUUUGGUCAGUACUCGGGGCGUGUGCGGUUCCGCAGCAAUGAGCCCACAGUGGACUCGUCUCUGAUCAUCAUGAACACUGUGGAGUCAGACGAGGGCAGGUACAACUGUCACAUCAGCACCUUCCCCUCGGGGAACUUUGAACGACAGCUGUCACUCACCGUGUGGACCACGCCCAUCUCCUCCCUGGACCCUGUGAUUCUUGUCGAGGGCCAGUCCUUUCGAUUGGCUGCCUCCUGCCGCUCCGUGGCCCGCCCCCCGCCCAUCCUCAACUGGGACACAGACCUGACGGGCCUGUCACAGAACAGGAGCUCGGUGGGCGGGUCAGUCUCCACCCACUUCUCCCUGCACCCCCUGAGGAGUAUGAACGGGAUGAGACUGGACUGUCUGGUGAGGCACUCUGCUCUGAAGGAACCCCGCAGGAUCACCAACAACCUGGUGGUGCACUAUCCUCCCAAUGCAGAGAUCUCAGGGUUUAAUCAGAACUGGUAUGCUGGUCUGGAGGGAGCUGCCCUCAGCUGUGUCAGUGGAGGAAACCCCAAACCACAGCGUUUCACCUGGACCAGGAAGGGUGGAGACUUACCAGAGGGCGUGACGGCAGGGAAUGGAUCCCUGCUGUUCAAUAGGCCCCUCGGCCCGACAGACGCUGGUAUCUACCAAUGUGUGGCCUAUAACGUUGUGGGGACCGGGAAAGCAGAGGUGGAGAUCACUGUGACAGAGUUCCCUCAGAAGCCGGUGUUUUUCAACAGUCUCCUGAUGAUCAUAAUUGGAGGGGUGGCUGGAGUACUGCUACUCAUCAUGGUCAUCAUAGUAAUCUCAGUGACCUGUCACCACAAACGCAAAAACAAGAAACUGGAGAGAGAAUUGACUGUGAAGAAGGAUGAGAUCAGUACUCUCUCCAGGCAGGCCUCUUUCAGGAGAGUCAACUCAGUCAGUACGGAUGCUAGAGGACAGAUGGAGGAGAAUAUCCCUCUCAGAGUGGAGGGGACACUGCGGACCAGUCUGUCCUCUCUAGGGGAGCUAGGGCGCAUCAGGGACAGUCGCUCUACUCUGGUAGGGGGAGGUGGACUAGACUACCUGGGUCGACCUGUUCUGAGCAACUCUUCACGACGAGGGAGGGAGAGCAGAGCCAUGGACAGAGAGGAGGAGAACAGACUUAGGGUGGAGUCAUACGUACGGAAUAGCACUAUGUCUUUGGGAACCCGUCUCCAUCUGCCAAUCCAACCCUCUCCCUUUCCAAUGGAACAUUCCACCAUGCUGCUGAGGUCCCUGAACGGCAGCGUCAUCAUCCCAACAGAGGGGGGUUUACAUGCACGGAACUCCCCUCUCAGCUACCCUCCUGUCGCAGACGACGAAGAGGAGGAAGGUGAAAGUGUGGAGGGAGAGCGGGGGACAAGCUCCAGGAUGAGUCGGUUAGAUCAGGGGAGGUCAGAGGACCAGGACAACAGUUCUCAGAUCUCAGACGCGGAACGUGGACACAACCAUCACUUCCAGCAGAACAACGGAACGCUGAGACCCAAACCCCAGCCCAACGGCAUCCCAUCCCCACACGCCUCCCUCAUCCAUAAGGCCCAGAUUGUAUAGACGGGUCCGAGCAAGGGCAGGUGACGCACUAUACGACAAGGAUUGGUCGUGACUUUGGGAUAGGUGCUCGCCGGUUUGGUGGCAUACCCCAGUGGCAGUCAGUUUACCUCCUUUUCACUUCUAGAACAUCCCUUGCCUUCGCCUCGAGCUCUCAGACAUUUUUGAUCAACAGGUAAAGGUUCUUAUUGGUGAACAGAUAACGCUUCUGAUUGGUGUAGAGAUACAAAUAAGUAACACAUACGUUUCACAGGAGAGGAGCUGGACAAAUUAAAAGCUUAUGAAUGUCAGGUUGGACUUAGACCGAAGUAGUCAUAAUAUUUUACUGUAUAUAAUAUCACAGCAAUAAUGAUCACUCCAGGAAGCAUCAAGAGGACUUUUACAUAAUUUUGUACCCUAAAAAUACUUAUUUUUGUAUUUUUUUUUUACUAAGACUUGAUGACAGGACAGUGUAACCGAGAAACGAGAUUUGAAUAUCAUCAAAUGCAGUGACUCCUAUCUGAACUCAGCGAAGAGGCAUUCAGCAAAAGCACCAAUGGCGCUUGCCCGUUCGAAAGAAUCCAUAUGUGUUGGUGAACUUUCACCCUCCUUUCCUCUGGAUGAGGGGAUACAACACAUACUGUUCUGUUCACCCUAAAAUGGAGUCCAUCUUUCUAACUUUAAGUGUGGCAGGGAUUUAUCUAGAUAUACUCCUCCUUGCCAUGAACUUGGGUGUGCACAAACAACAACACUUUGAACUUGCUAUAGUCUUUGAUGCCAAAAGCCAAAGAGACUGCAUUUUAGCUGUGGAAAAAGUACCCAAUUGUCAUACUUGAGUAAAGUAAAGAUUACUCUAGUGAAAUUCACCCAGUAAAAUACUAUUUGAGUAAAAGUACUUGGUUUUAAAUAUACUUAAGUACAUUUUAGCAAUUCCAUUUAUUUUUGAUACUUAAGUAUCAAAAGUAGAAGUAUUACUAAUUUCUUAUAUUUAGCAAACCUGACACGAUUUGCUUGUUUUUUUUUUAAUGUACGGAUAGACAGGGGCACACUCCAACACUGAGACAUAAUUUACAAACAAAUAUAUUUUUUAGUUAGUUUGCCAGAUCAAAGGCAGUAGGGAUAACCAGGGAUGUUCCCUUGAUUGAUAAGUGUGUGAAUUGGACCAUUUUUCUGUCUUGCUAAGUGUUCAAAAUGUGACGAGUACUUUUGGGUGUCAGGGAAAUUGUAUGGAGUAAAAAGUACAUUAUUUUCUUAGGGAAUGUAGUGAAGUAAAAGUAGUCAAAUAUAAAUAGUAAACUACAGAUACCCCAAAACGACUUAAGUAGUACUUUAAAGUAUUUUUACUUAAGUAGUUUACACCACUGCAUUUUAGACAAGAGGUUAAAACAGCUUUGAUAUGUAUGAAAUGUUUUACACAACAGUGAGAUCCUAUGUGAAAGUCUACUAAAACUGAGGACGUAAAAGUAUUGUUCUAUUUUCUUACACCAAACAUUUAGACAAUAUAACUGUUAUAUGCCUAUGUUUGUAUACAUACAGUUAAAAGAGCCUUUGCUUUGUAGGCCAAUAUGAAGUAUUAUUAUGUCUGAUUCUACUGUGUUAUAAUUCAUUGAGUGCAUCAGAAAUGGCACCCUAUCCCCUACAUAGUUAAUUACUUUUGACCAGAGCCCCUGGUCAAAAUAAGUGCACCAUAUAGGGCAUAGGAUGCCAUUUCAGCCGCAGACAUGCUGUAGACCUACAAGUGGGUUUCUUUCACGCUGUAUUCCAGUAAAUGGCUUAUUGUAGUUCCCUAGUUUGUACGUAAUUGUACUCGAUGUAUGGGAUUCAUGUGUGGAACUUUUUUGUUUUAAUGCAUAUGUACUUUAGGAGAGUAGCAAUAUCGUUCUGUUUUCUAUAUACAUUUUCCCAUUGUAUAACACUGUAACACUAGGAUCUUUGAGUGAAUGUAAUACCUACAUAGAAUGUAAGAGGUUGGAAGUAUAUACCCCGCCCCCUGGUGUGCACUAGUGGAUAGUGCAAGAGGAAGAAAGUUCAGGGAUCUUGCUGAAGGGUCUGCAGACUGAGUUAUUCCUGGCGAGGUCACGUGGUCAUGUGAACCCCUGGACCUAACCACGUGCUACAUUAGCAACAACUGGGGCCUGCUCAGAAGGAUGUUAAUAUAGAACGUUCAGAUUCAGAAAUGUAUCAUGUCGAACAAGGAAUCGUGUCAGCUCUAUUCAUUCUAUUUCUAUCUGCAACAACUGUUUCACAUCACUAAAUCCAUCCCUGCAUAUCUUAUAAACAUGGAGAUGUGUUAAUUCAGGAAGGGUGUAUGUCUGCUCAAUGUAUUAUUGUGAAAUAAAUUUCUUGAGGGUUUGAGUGUGA